UUCCCCCAGAACUUCCUUUCAACCUUGGGAAAUUUUUUUUUAGUGGAGACAUCAUUGAAAUAUGUUAGGGAUUACUUAGAGGCAGCAAAUGUAGCCUUAACCAUCUCUUUAGACUAUGCCACCAUAAAAGAAUGGUAUUACCUUGUAAAAGAGCAAGAGAAGUUUCCAGAAGAUGAACAAUUACAAACCAAUACCAAGACAGAUGAUGAAGGAGGUGAGUGCUUUCUUAUAGAAGGCUAUGAACGGGUAAAAGGAGACCUUGGAUUUGCCUCCUUUUCACUAGGAAAAAGGGGAUACUACUCUCUGGGAAUGGGAAUUAAUUGUUAAGUUUGGGCCAUUUUUUUUUUAAAUUUGGAUCGGGAAAUGGGAUUUUGCCUUCCCUCAUCCCCUCAACCCUCCUUUCAGGUCUCUCAUACAGCAUGCUUUAUCACUUCUUAUGUAUAGCUUUAUUUAUUUAUUGCAUCUAUACAUAAUUUAACGUAUAAAUUAAUUAUUGAAAAUUUCUUUAAAAGAAAAUGCAAACCAACCUGGUAAUAUCAAGUUUUACUGGGGCUACAGAGGCCUUCAGGGCUUUCUGUGUUCCAGUAAAAGCCAUAAGCUCGAUUUUUACUUUAAUGAUGAGAAAAGAAAGCUCUUCUACCCUGACUUAAUUGACAUGUCAGCACCAGCUCAUGCUUUUGCAAUCAAGGAUGACAUUUCUGUACGCCUCAUAUAUACAUCAUCAGUUUGAGAAAAGAGCAGCAAAUGUUUUAUCACAACAUCACUUAAAUAAAGGGAAGCACAACUGGGAAAAAUUUAAAUUUCAUAUAUUUGAAGACCAGUCAACUCCACACCAAGAUAUUGAAGAAGAAAUAGAAUCUCUCAAGAAUGAUUUGCAGGAAUGCAGAGCAGCCAAAUCAAACCUUGAAGCAGAAAAAAAAGGUUCUUUUUGAGGAAAUUAGGAAUAUAUUCAACAGCAUGGCCAAUGAAAUAGCUAAUCUUAAAAACGCUAACAGCCAUCUUAGAGAGUACAUAAAAUGCUUUGAAAAAGGAAGGGAUUUGCUUAAAAAGGAAAAACUAUUCUUGAGACUAAGAACAAGCAACGUACAUUGAAGAUUUUCUUGACCAGAGCUGACAGAGCAAUGUGGUUCUCAAAAGCAUUUGACCUUGAGCUUGACUCACUUAAAGUUACAGAAGCAGAAACUGUGAAAACCCAUGAAAUUUAUUCAACACUAAAUACAGAAAAAACAGAGGGUUGUUUAACCGGUGACACUGACAUAAGUGAUACUGACAUGUCAAGAGUUGAACAGAUCCUGUGCUUGGUUGAUAAAUUUUGUGUCAGUGAUGAGUUCUACCAUGAACUAACCAUGAUUGAGAAUGGUCUUCCAAGGUCUUAUCUCAUCAAACAAUCACUGAAAUCUGCCUCUUUUGCAGCAGAUUUCAGCAUUUAA